UUCACCUACCCCAGCGGCAACACCACGGUGCAGCGCGUGGGGCGCAUGGUGAGCAUGCUGUACACGCCCGCCACCAGCUUCUACCACUCCAUCAUCGAGUGGGUGCCGCAGUGGCUCGUGCUGAGAGAACUGUUGCAGGAGCACCCCAACAUUCUCAUUGUCAUGCGCGCUGCUCAGCUGCAGCUGUACAACAGCACGUUGAAGCACAUAGUGGGAGUGGAGCCAGCGCACAUGAACCUGCUCGUGCUUGAUUGGCAGCAUCGCAACACCCUCUUCCUUGCACAGGCGCUCUAUCAGCUGUACAACAGCACGUUGAAGCACAUAGUGGGAGUGGAGCCAGCGCACAUGAAUCUGCUCGUGCUUGAUUGGCAGCACCGCAACACCCUCUUCCUUGCACAGGCGCUCUAUCAGCCUGUCUACCGCUGCUGCGGCCGGGCCACACCCACCAUCUGGCGCUUCCUCCGCCGAAACUUUUUCCUUCCGCCCGACGGGCUGCCCAUUUUCGAGCCCGAAACUUUCCGCCUCCGCCGAACCUCCCCACUAAGCUACCAAGACAUAACAGACUUACUUAGCCAGCGUGAGGAGCAGCAGUCACAACAUCCCCGGCGGCUCGACGUGCUUAAGCCCGGACCUGUGCCGAGCCUUGCGGAGACGUUUGGGAUGACGACGGGGCUGAACUGGGUGACGAUCCUGGUUCGGAGGCCCGGAAAUCUGUCGAGGAAUUUGGAGGAGAGUGUGUAUGAGAGGGUGGAGGGGUGGAUGAGGAAGGAGUUUGGGGAGAGGCGAGUGGUGGUGUUUGAUGGAAGUCUGCGUCUCAUGGAAGCCCGGGCUCUCUUCCGCCGAGCCGCCCUAUUGGUCGGCACGCACGGGGCCGCCCUGACCAACCUCCUCUUCAUGCCACGUGGCGCCUUCCUACUGGAAAUCCGCCCCCGGGGUUACCCCAACGCGUGUUACCACCACCUAGCCAGCGUGUCGCAGAUGCACUAUUGGCUGCUGCUGGGGAAUGGGACAAAAGACUCCGCCCUGCAAGUGGACACAGGGGAGGUGUUAUCUACGAUAAGGGAAGUUGCUGGGAAGGUGUUUGCUGCUCUGAGGGGAGAGCCGAAAGACGUGGGGGAGAGAUUGGGGGAGAGAGCAAAAGGGGGAGAGGAAGGGACGGAAAAGAAAACAAAGGAGGGGAGCAUUGCAGGGGUAAAGAUCGGAGGGAAAGAGAUUGGCAGCAGUGGUGGUGCCGCUGCCAACAAAUCCGCGCUGCUCUCUCCCACGUCCUGCUCAAACCUGCCUCAGUUCGGCCGCAUGCUGAGAUCGGCGCUCUCAGAGGCGCCCGUGAAAGGCGGGCUGCAGGCCGCAGGGGAUGCGCGGUGGCGGCGGUGGGUUGGGGGGGAGGCGGAGUGGCGAAUGGGCGGGACUCUGUUUGUGCCUCUGACGCACCAGACCACCAACGUGGCACACUUUCUAGGCAAGGCGGCACAUAUUCUUCUCGUGAACAACGUGACAGUUAAGAGCGGCCUGCCACGUGUCGAUCGGUUCUUGCUCCCCCGUGCCGACUGGACCGUGCACAGAAUGAAGGAGCACGGACCACACGGCUGGCUGCCAUCAAUGCUGCACCUCCUCCUCCGCAUGGCACUCGAGCCUCUCCUCCCCACCUCCCUCCUCCCCUCCCUCCUCGCCUCCAUCUCGCCUUCCUCCCUCCUCUCCCCCGGCCCUCUGGCUGGAGGGCGGGUGGAGUUUGAGGGGCAGUUGAAUGCUGCAAGCGAUGAGAGGCCCAUGUGCUUCCAGACACUCGUGGUGCCCGGAUUUCUCAAGGGUGAGUUUGAGGGGCAGUUGAAUGCAGCCAGCGAUGAGAGGCCCAUGUGCUUCCAGACCCUUGUUGUGCCUGGCUUUCUUAAGGUACGCCUGUCUUCCCUCAUCAAGGCCAUCACAUUCAAUGGCAUGGCGGAGGAGGCAGAGCUGGUGAGGCAGCGACUGAGAGAGGUGUUUCUCUUUUCACCUCUCCCCCGCAUUCCAACUCUGACCUUCCUGCACCUCAACUGCCCCCUCCCACUCCCCAUCCCUCCAGGCCAUCACAUUCAAUGGCAUGGCGGAGGAGGCAGAGCUGGUGAGGCAGCGACUGAGAGAGGUGUUUCUCUUUUCACCUCUCCCCCGCAUUCCAACUCUGACCUUCCUGCACCCAACUGCCCCCUCCCACUCCCCAUCCCUCCAGGCCAUCACAUUCAAUGGCAUGGCGGAGGAGGCAGAGCUGGUGAGGCAGCGAUUGAGAGAGGUUGCCUCUUGCCGCUUCCUUCCUUCAAUUACCCCUUGUACCUCACCAACUCCCCACAUCUCUCCCUUCCCCUCCAGGCCAUCACAUUCAACGGUAUGGCGGAGGAGGCAGAGGUGGUGAGGCAGCGACUGAGGGAGGUGUUUCUCACUCCCGACGGCCAACCGGUGCCCGAUAUCAUGGCCGCGAGCUCUGGUGGUGGUGGAAGUGCUGCUGCUGUCUGUGACGCGCAACGACACCAUGACGACUGGGAGGAGGGUCAUGCACGCAGUGACUUCUGA